UCAUUUAAUAAUUUACAAUAUUAAUAAAUUUUUAAAAUUGAUUUUCAAAGAACACUACGUACAACCUCAAACUUUCUAUAACCUCCACUCAAAUAUUUCUAAAAUUUAUUAUUAUAGCCUCAACUAAAAAUUUAAGAACAUGAUAAUGGAGAAUGAGACGAAUACUUUUCUCCCACCGCAGGUCCGCCCUCAGCCUCACCGGCGACUGCCGAAAUUCGCUCUUCAUUCUCGCCGCCUCCAACAAUGGCUGAUUUCUUCACAGAUAGCGACGAUGACAAGGCGGUGGAGGAGCUCUUAUCUCAGGCGAUGGACGCCACGGUUCUCGAGCAGGUCGCUGCUGUCAACUGCCCCGGUUUCAACGAGGACGGCCUCCCUUCACAUCUCAGAACCCCACUCCUCUCUCGAUUGACUAAGGAAGAUAUUCAGGAGCUUAGAGAAAGCAAAUAUGGGUAAAGAUUGUAUUUUUAUUGAUUGUUGCUAUGUGGCUUUGAUAGUUGGUUUUUUGGUUCUGUUUAUCUUUUUUGCUAGUGGUCUAGUGCUCUCGCUCUCGCUCACAGAAGCAGAUCCAAAUUCCAGACCCCAGCAGAAAUUGCUCGUGAUUUUUCACACUAAAUUCGAUCUGAAUCGAAGAUGUCGUCGACCUUCAGCGGCGAUGAAACUGCCCCCUUCUUCGGCUUUCUCGGCGCCGCCGCCGCGCUCGUCUUCUCCUGUAUGGGCGCGGCUUACGGAACAGCGAAGAGUGCAGUUGGCGUUGCGUCGAUGGGGGUGAUGUGGCCGGAGCUGGUAAUGAAAUCGAUUGUGCCGGUGGUUAUGGCUGGUGUUUUGGGUAUAUAUGGAUUGAUUAUUGCUGUGAUUAUCAGCACCGGUAUUAACCCUAAGGCUAAGUCUUACUACCUCUUCGACGGCUAUGCUCAUCUCUCUUCGGGCUUGGCUUGUGGCCUCGCUGGACUUGCUGCUGGGAUGGCUAUUGGCAUUGUGGGAGAUGCUGGUGUGAGGGCUAAUGCGCAGCAGCCUAAGCUUUUUGUUGGAAUGAUCCUUAUUCUCAUUUUUGCUGAAGCUUUGGCGCUCUACGGUCUUUUUUCGUUUUCAUAACUCUCAUUUAAAUUUUGCAUCUUUAAAGAAAAAUAUCUUCAAACCCCAAGAUAAAUAAAUUGAAGAUGAUGUUAAA